UUCACACACACGGAGUGCAAAACGAGCUGCUGAGACUUUUGAAUCUUCUCAAUUCUUCUCACCACAAAGUUUUUCGGUUGUUGAGGACAUACUUUGGCCAAAGGGGACUGUUUUAUGCAGACUACAGCACUGACCCAGGGUUUGGAGAGAAUACCAGACCAGCUGGGUUAUUUGGUGAUCAGUGAAGAUGGGGUACUUGCAUCUUCAGGAGAACUGGAGAAUGAUGAGCACACUGCAGGUGUGAUCAUGCAGAUGGUCCGAACAGCAUGUCGGUUCAGGCUUCAUGGGGCAGCAGAGCCACCUUUUAAACGCAUGUCAGUAAUGUUUGAGGACUAUGUUUAUGCUGUGACCAUCUCCGGACAGAAAGUGUUUGUAGUGAAACGCCAGAACAACCAACGGGAUCCUGUAACUGUCUAGUGCUAAGAGGAAGAUGCAAGUUGAAAGACAGUGUGUACACAAAGAAAUGCAAAAAAAAUUCUUACAUUACACCUCCUAAAGGCAAAUUAUUAAUGAUUAAAAUACUUAGUUUUCUCUUAGAAUAAGAAAUGGAAUCAUACAUUACAUUUUUCAUUUUAUUUGGAUUUUACUGAUAUUGGUGGCACUUGACAUUCAAUUUAACUUAAGUUAUAGUAGGAUAGUGGGUUUAUACAACUUAAUGAUGCAUUGUAAUGUUGUUCAGGCAUUUUUUUAUCUGAACAUUUUUUUUUUACUUUAUGCUCUCUAGUUCCAAUCUCAGCUAUUAGCCAGCUGGGUGCCUCGAUUAGUGUGUCUGUAGGGGUGGGAAAAUGACCCCAUCCCCAGCAGGUGAAAAAAAGCAAUGUGUUAUUGCGCACGUGUCAGGGAGACAGCCUGGGCCCUCUCCAGUCAGGGUGAGAUAUGCUGGGGGCGGGAUGGGGGGGUGUAAUUUUUUUUUUACAUUUACCUUUUCAAGAAAUAUUUAUCACCCAUACAUCAUUACCCAUACAGCUUGUACCUGUAAAUAUGUUCUAUUUAUUCAGAUUUACUAGUGUCUUCAAUGAUAAUAGCUAGCAAGUACAUUAUAAAAGUUGUCACAAGCCACUUAUUUCUGGGUCUGCUCCAAAAGUAGUGGAGAUGUAACUUUUUCCCAGAUAAUACUUGUCACAUCCUGAUUUCAGAUUGUGUUGGACUAAAAUUCAUCUAUUAAAUAAAUAAGGUUAAUUAAAUCACUUUUGUGCUUGAAGAGUUUGGCAUCUUAACGCCAGGUCCUUUUCUUUAGGAUUUAAAAGAAAUUUUAAUUUCAUAUGUUAAUUCCAAUCUGAUUUUUGGAAGUAAUGCCCAGAAAAGCCAAUUACAUUUAUUUCCAAAAAGUUUUGAAUGUUUAUUUGUCUCUACAAUGUGUGUAUUUUAGUGUACAUGGUUUCUUAUACAACCCUCAUACCCUGGAUUUUAAUCUGUGUGUAUGAUAUGGUAAUAGCAUGGUUGUGUGUGCAGAGUUAGUAUCAAGUGCAAUUUGCUGUUUAAAAAUCUCAUCAAUGCAAAUGCACUUAAUUUACUCCUACCAGCCUCAAACAGACUUCUAUUCCACUACAAUUUCAGUGUCACUUGUGAUGUGUCCCAAACUUCACAAAUGAUACCUGGUCAAAGGUGGUCUCUUAUUAUUGAUAAACUGGACAUGGGCGCUGAUAAAUUAUGAGCUACAGUCAAUAACUGAUUUCCAACAAAGCCAAAUAAUAUGAUGGUGUACCUAAUAACACUGGACGACAAUUCUUUUUUUUCUUUUUUUGCAAAAGUUUUGCUUCCUUGAAAAUUUUUGGUGAUUGUGAUAGACCCAUUCGAGCUGAACACAUAUAGUUUCUGACUGUAUCACAUAUAAAUUCUGAGAAACAUGAGAUUAAGUUUUACUGAUUAUAAUACUUUUAAAUCUUACAUGUCAUUAGUUCAACUGAACUAAAAGUGUUUUGCUGCUGAUUUUUGUUUGUACUCAACAUCUGGUUAAUCUCAUAUUAGUUUCCAGUAAUCGUUAGCCAGCAUUAAGCAUCAAGCAGGAAAUGAAUUUUUAAUGACACAUUGCACUUUAUCGCUUUGUAAGCUUGAAGAAGGUUGUCAACCAGUUUGAUGUAAUUUGGCGCUCAGUAGUUGCCAAGGAAAUUUUCAGCAGCAUCCUUAAAUGUUACGAUUUUCUCAGGACCCACCAGCAGCUCUUCGAACUCAUUGUCUCUCAUUAUGUGUCGGAUUUGUGGACCAACAAAAAUGCCUCACGUAAUCAUGGCAUCAAUUCUUGGUAACAAUUCUUAAAUAGAAAAAAAACCUUCUUCCUU